AAUGGGAUUACAAAAUCAAUUAACUGAUGUUUCUACUGAAUCCAUUCCUAUUUUGCUCGUAACUCUUCUCGCUAAUUGCAUCGCUAAUCUCCGUUCAAUCAUCUUCGCUUUUCUCCAGUUCCUCGGUAUGUCAAUGAAUCCGAUUCAAAUCGAAGAAAAUACGCUUUACGAUGCCGUUGGUUCAGGUUUAGCCGGAGUUGUUAUGCUCGCUGAACAGCUCAAUUUGAAUCGGAUGUUCUCGUAUACAUUUGAUGAUCAAGGAGACGAAGCUUCUGGUUCGAGCUGCGUUGUUUGCUUGAACCGGUUGGGUGAUGGUGAAAAUGUGAGGAAAUUGGAUUGUAAGCAUGUUUUUCAUAAGGUGUGUUUUGAUGGAUGGUUAGAUACGUUUAAUUUUAAUUGUCCGAUUUGCCGGUCGUCGUUAUUGGUUGUUUCCGAUGAGCGCGUGGAGAUCACGCGACGGCGCGUUGUAUGGGAUGUGAUUGAUUGGUUCUCGUUAAGGUGAAAUUUACCUGGCGAUGAUGAUGAUGCAGUCAGAACUUCGAUAAAUGAGAGGUGUAAGUAUCGCGAGGUGUGAAGAGAUCUCGUACUAA